GCUUCGAAAGAGAGGGAGUACGUUUCAAUUACUUUACACAGUGGUUUGGUCAGCCAUGGCCACACAUUAAGCCCAAGUAACAACGACUGUGACUUUUAUUGAGAUUGAGACCACACUCUCUUUCUCUCUCAUGGUUUGCUUCUGCAUUUUUGUUCGACCUAGUUCUGUGGAGAAUAAUGGCGCUUCCGAGCUUAGGGUCCCUUACGACCUCCUCAGACGAUUCCAGCAAGAAGAUAAGAAAGCCGUACACCAUCACAAAGUCCAGAGAGAGCUGGACUGAACAGGAGCAUGACAAGUUCCUCGAGGCUCUGCAACUAUUUGAUCGGGACUGGAAGAAAAUUGAAGCAUUUGUCGGCUCAAAGACAGUGAUCCAGAUUCGGAGUCAUGCACAGAAGUACUUUUUGAAGGUUCAGAAAAAUGGGACUAGCGAACAUGUGCCACCUCCUCGGCCCAAGCGCAAAGCUGCUCAUCCAUAUCCGCAGAAAGCCUCUAAAAAUGUAUCAGUGCCACCACAAGCACAUGUCAUCUUUCCACCUAGUACCUCUUGUAGGCUCGAAUCUGGAUAUUCCCACAGAACAGAUUCAUCUUCACUGCUUAGGAACUCUACCACUACUGGUGCAGUGUCUUCUUGGGCCCAUCCAACUGUUUCACCUCUCAGUGUACCAAAUGCGCCCAAAGAUGAUGUUGGACCUGCUGGUACUGUAGCAGUGAACAAUUGCAGUUGUAGUAGCACCGAGAGCUCUCCAAGGCCUUGGGCAGCUUCUGAAACAGCAGAUCAAGGGAAUCAUGGCACACAACUUCCAGUUAUGCCAGACUUUUCUCAAGUAUAUAGCUUCAUUGGAAGUGUUUUUGAUCCAAACACAACAGGCCACUUGCAAAAACUUAAGGCGAUGGAUCCCAUUGAUGUUGAAACGGUGCUUCAAUUGAUGAGAAACCUCUCUGUCAAUUUGUCUAGCCCAGAGUUUGAGGAUCAUAGAAAGUUGCUUUCCUCAUAUGAUGUGGAUACCGAAGAAGCUGGACCUGUUUCUGCUAAACAUUCUGACAAAACUGGAGAUGGCACUAUUAAGGAUGGCUGCAAGUGACCAUUACCUUGAAGUUGGUAUUGAUGUAUAUAUUUUCUAUGAAGUUCCCAAGGUUUUUUAUUUACUUUCCCUGCAGCCAUGACAACCAGCAGCGUUUCUGUAUCCACUGCUUUUUUCUUGAAGAAAGGCUGAAUAGAUUGUCUUGCCCCUUGUGAUCGCCUCUCACUUAUGGUCACAAAAGUCCGUGCUGGGCUCAUUGACUGCAUUUUUUUUUUCUCGAGUGUAUUAUAGUUGUAGGAUUUAUGUAAAUGUGUAUUAGCAGCUUUGUAUAGUGAGUUUGUAGCGUGUUAGUCCGAGGAAAUACUCUUUUUAAUUGUGUAUAAUAUUGUCCUAGUAUGCUUGCUCAACAUAAUUGCGAUGUUUCAUCUCAGGUUGUUCAAUUUUGCAUAA